AUGAGGACGGUCAGGGUCCCGCCCCACCUGAGCGCCCCGCUCCUAGUGCUCGGACUCGGGGCGCUCCUGGACGUGGUGGGUGGCCUCCAGCAACGGCCCAGUUGGCGCUUCACCUCCUCGGAGGUGGUGAUUCCCUUGCAGCUGAGCAGCUUCGGCGUUGCGGAAAGGCCUAGGCGACUGUCCUACCUGCUGAGUUUUGGCGGCACGAAGUUUGUGGUCCACCUCCAUCUCAAGAAACUUCUUUUGCCCAGGCACCUGCCGGUCUUCACUUAUACAGAGCAAGGGUCCCUCCUGAUGGACCACUCCUUCAUCCCGAAAGAUUGCUAUUACCGAGGCUAUGUGGAGGGGGCCCUGGGCUCCCUGGCUGCCCUCAGCACCUGCCAUGGGGGUCUCCAGGGGAUGCUGCAGGUGAACUCCCUUUACUAUGAAAUUGAGCCCUUGCCUGCCUCUCCCUUAUUUCAGCAUCUGGUUUCUCUAGUAGAGAAUAAAAAGCAGGGUCCUCGCUGGAAGUGCGGCUUAAGGGAAGAGGAAAUCGAUCGUCUUGUUUUGGAGAAAAAGGGGUUGAGAGCAUCUAUGUCUAGGAUAGGGCCAAAGGACAAUUGGUGGCCAGGAAUCAGGUUUGUGAAGUUGAUGGUGGUAGUAGAUAAUUUUUGGUAUAAAUAUGCUCGGGAAAAUGAAACCGAGGUAAUAUACCAGGUAUUGGAAGUUGUCAAUAUGAUCGAUUCUCUGUAUUAUCCUUUAUUUGUCUAUGUAAAUUUGAAUGGAGUGGAAAUCUGGACAAGUAACAACCCAGUGGAAUUCAGUAACGGCAUAAAGGUAACUUUGGAUGUAUUUUCCCGUUGGAAACAAGGAAUUAAUUACCGGUUGCCACAUGACGUUGCCCGCCUCUUUGUUCGAUAUAACUUUGGUAUAGAAAAGAGUUUAUCUUAUGUUGGUACAAUAUGCAACAACCUAACAUCAGCUGGCAUUGAUGCAUAUGUUGAGGAUAACUUGUUGGAAUUCUCUAUCACGGUGGCCCACGGACUUGGUCACAACCUCGGCAUGCUUCAUGACCACGACUUCUGCAUCUGUGCACAAAAGCAAUGCAUCAUGUAUGCCUAUUUUGGCUUAACUGAUGUCUUUAGCAAUUGUAGUUAUGCCAGUUACUUCGAUCAGUUUAGUGAACGUUUUCUAGAUUGUUUAACAAGUCCACUAGAGCCUUACAAAGUUUCCUCUACAAAGCAAUGUGGUAAUAAGGUGGUUGAGGAGGGAGAAGAAUGUGACUGUGGAUCAGAAGAAGAAUGUAGUAAAGAUUCUUGUUGUAAACCAGGUUGUACCCUGAGGCCCCAUGCUGACUGUACUUCCGGACCGUGCUGUAUAAAAUGCAAGAUUGCACCAGCUGGAACGCUUUGUAGACCCCUUAGUUCACCAUGUGACCUUCCAGAGUACUGCAAUGGAACUUCAGUACUGUGCCAGAAAGAUUUUUUCAUGCAGGAUGGAACUCCAUGUACUAAAAAUGCCGUUUGCUAUAAGAAUACUUGCAGUGACCGCAUUCAAAAGUGCAAAGCCAUCUUUGGUGAAAAAGCCUAUGAUGCUCCCCUCAUCUGCUACAAAGAAGCAGACACGAUAGGUAAUCAGUUUGGGGAAUGUUCUUCAGAGAACCAGGUACCCGGGAAAUGUGUCGAUUCCCAUGAUUUGUGUGGCAGGCUGCAAUGUACUAAUGUUGACCACAUUCCCAAUUUAAAGGAAUCUGAUACUAUACUCCAGAUUUACGUGAAUGGAGUUAUGUGCAUUGGAAUGGACUCUCACCAGGGGAUGGAAAUGCAGAACACUAGAAACGCAAAUAAUGGCGCAGUGUGUGACCAUGGAAAGAUCUGCCUGAAUAAGGAGUGUGUCAAUUAUUCUGUAUUAAAUUAUGAUUGUGCAGCCAAGAAGUGCAAUUCUAAUGGUGUAUGCAACAACAACAAAAAUUGUCAUUGCCUAGAAGGGUGGGAUCCCCCAUUCUGUAAUAAAAGAGGACCUGGUGGAAGUAUAGAUAGUGGCCCUCCUCCAGAAUGGAAAGGAAAUUAUAGAUUAAUUAUUUUCUCAAUAGUUUCUAUCUGUUUGGGAUUUUAUGCAAUACUAAUAAUGCUUUUGUUUUUAGCAAAAAGGUAA